GUUCGGCGAGCGACUGGCGAGGAGGGGGCGCGGCGGCAGUUUGGCGGAGACGGGAGCUGUUGACAUUCUGGGCAAAACGAGUGUGCCCGUCGGACAGGCAGCUGGAUGGCCGGACGAGCCAGGCGCAUCCGACGUUCUGUUCUGUGAAGGACCGGCUAAGUAAAUACGAAAGAAAGAAAUAAAGAUGUUAUACUCAGGCGUACAUCUUACUGGAAUGAGCGAUGUUAAGUCAACGGUUUACCUGCUGGUCAGGUGAGUAUAACGUAGAUCCACUUCAGCCAGCCUUAUGGAGUUUAAACGGUAACGUCCGUUAGCUAGCUCCUGCAUUGACUCGGUCCAAUAAGUGACUGUGAAUCCCGCGUCCGCCUUAAAUUCGCCCUCACCCGCGCUCGACCGGUGAUGAACGAGUACCGAGCGGUGCAUACAACAUUUUGCUACUUGUCUCUUGCCCGUGCGCUCGGCGUUUGCCGUCGUUUUGGUGCCUUGUCGCUUCGCAUCACUUUCCUUCAUAGCCGUUUAAGUGAAGACGAGAAUUUGAGUGAGACCAGCGGCGCCACUUGUUGGUUGGAUAGCCCCCCGUUCGUUUGGUAAGCGUUGCGGUCGUGAUGUUUACCGGGAAACGGAGGGAACCGGGGUUAACCCAAAUAAAUACACCGUGUCUAACAGGGGAACGACGAUGGGGAACUUUGGUUCCCAAUUACCCGUGUCCUCACCGGAAUAUAUGUGCCAGAUAAAGGGUGAACAUGGCGCAGAGGGUAUUUACUAGUCAACUUGCUAGGUAACUAACUAGUUCUCACAACAGCGCUUCUACAUAGACCCGCCGUUAACCUCAAUGUGUCAAUGUCAGCUAGAAGACGUUAGCGUGUAGUGUGUUUUGGCGACAGCUGCUGUGCAUGUGUUGCGUCUGUUUUCCCGUCGCUCUUGACUAAUCGUUUUGCCUCCGGUGAUUCUCACAAGUGAACACCGCACUUUAGUUUUAUGGUCACGGUAUUAGACUUAGAAUAAAAGUAUCUUUCUUAUCUGUGUAAAACUGUUUUUAAAAUUCUGGUUUAAUUUCGUUUGUAUUUUAGGGCUUAUUUUGCAUCAUUUGGGGCAUUUACCAACAUAUGAUUUCCCUACUGUCAGAUCAAUUAAGGGACAGUCUGUGAAGUCUGCUGCCUUGGCUUUCUAGUGCAUAGGUUGCUCAGAAAGGGCUAUGGCCCCAGCCCUGACCAAAAUCCUGAAAGAUGGCCAUGGCAUCCACCUGUCCUCACCUCCUUCCUCCGUCAGAAUGGACUCUAACGGGAGAGCCGUGUGCAGUACUGAGCUGGAGCCUCAAAUGAGAUCGUCAGACGACGGUGACCCCCAGAGGAUGUGGCUGAACCUCUCCUUGUUUCCCUCUCUGGACUCCUGCUUGCCCGCGAGCCCCCUGGACCUCCCAGCCAACCCUGUGCUCUCCCCAAGUUUGCAGGUGUCUGCCAGCCAGUGUGAGGCUGUGCUCCUCCCCAGCCCAGCUUCCCUCCUCAGCUUCCUGUCCUUCAACAAAGGCCUGAGAGACUCUCAUCAGGUGGUCUCCGUGUUACCAGGUGUAGCAGACAUGUUUUUAGGCCCUGUCCCUGAGCACAAUAGCCCAGAGGCUUGUCUGUUGCAUGGUUGUGUCGCCGCUCCUGAAUGUGGGCCAGGUGGUGUUGAUGUGCAUUGCUCCCCUUUUACCCUUGCCAGUGUUUCUCCCUUAGAUUCCCUUGGAAAGAUCAAGUCCCAGGCCUACACUUCCUUCUUUGCAACUACACCCACACUGAUACAGGGGAAAGCAACUGGAGUUGGCUGUCCUCCCCCAGCUUCAGUGCAGUCUUGCAGUGGCAGAGUGAACUUUGACCCGCUGGCAUCGAGAGCUGUGCUGGAGGAGGCUGUGAAGGAGCAGCUCUCCAGGCAGGCAGGGCUGCACAUCCGAGCUUUGAAGCUGCAAAGGAGACUACAAGCCCUGCUUGGCGAGCAUGCUUUGCUACACUGCGACCAGCAGCUGGAGGGGCUGAAAAGGCACUGUCAUUUUGGAGAUAUGUCUCAUGACAGCCUUGAUUCCAUACAUCCUGUUAUACUACCUCCACAAGCCGCCAGUAAACCCCAUUUUUCUUGGUCCGAGUCGUCCACGGCACCGUCUUCCUUCACAGAGCUCAGAGAGUUUAGUCUCUCCAGCCACACAGUGCUGAGAGGCCUGCAGGAGGCUUUGGACUCUGAGGCCACAGUCAGCAGCAGCUCAGACGAUGAGUUAGAGGAGGAUAAGAGUCACGGCAAAACCAAGACUUCGCCUGUCAGCAGCUUUGAGAGGCAAUGGCUGGAAGAGAGAGCAGAGCUGGGCAGCAGAUGGAGCUGGUUGCAGCUGCGUCUGGCCGAGCUGGAGGGGAGGAUACAACAACUGGUGGAGCUCCACAAGCACAUCCGCUCUUCCAAAGGUGGUGUGGUGCUUGCAGAGUCACAGCCACUGACAGACAGGCAGAUUCAGCAGACCCUGCUACGGGAAAUGGCAGGAUUAUCCUGCACAGCCUCGGAUGCUGACACUGAACCCUGCAGCCCCACACACCUUCUACACAACAUAGAGAGACAGAGUGCCCAGCUUAGCCAGAUCGUGAACAGUCUGAUGGCUCCUCUCAGCUUUUCACCGCUCUCAAAACAAGCACAGAGCUGUAAAGUCAAGAGCACCUUUACAAGUGGUCAGAAAGGAGAUGACCUUUUUGUGUCUGGGAGCUCUAAGAGAAGGAGACUGACAACCAGGAGGCUCCUCAAGGCUGACGUGUCAUGCGUUUGUGCCCGAACCCGACCCUUGGUCACCUACCACAAGCCCAAACUGUUCACUUUCAACACCUACAACCCCAGAAGUCCACAGGACUCGGGGAAGUCCAGGUACACCCUGUCCUCUUCUCUCUCGUCAUCCUCCUGUUCAUGUUGCUCCUCUUGUGAUCCUGUAGUCCUGUGUUCUGAUCCUGAGUGCAGCUCCAGCUUGGCCCCGUCCUCCAGGAAAUGGAACUCCAGACCUCACCCCGUGUUGUCGCUUUCAUUUGACACUCCUCUGUCCCACCACUUACAGAGAGCCCUAGCAAGAGAAGAAUGGUCCCAAAGGCCUUUAGUUAUCAACACCCAAUUGCCCACUCCAGCACACUACAACAGACGCAGCUCCACACCACUGCACAACAGUCACAAGUACAAGCAGCAUACAAGGCAUCAUAAAAGCAGAGUUAUGGGUCUGUCACCUAUCAGGAUUGCAGGCUCUGCUCGGAGUCAACAACAAAGAGCCAGUCAGAGGAAAAGGAAGAGAAGACACAUCCACAGGCUGAUAGAUGAGGAGGAUGUCCUGUACAAGCUCUGUGAGCUAGAUGAAAGUUCAGAUGAAGUGCUGGAGGAGAGCUACACACAGGUUUCACGCAAGCAGGCCUCUCAAGGCUCUAUUCGCAAACGCCAGGGAGAGAGUGUGUACAACAUCAACAACAUUGUUAUCCCCAUGUCACUGGCUAAAGUGGAAAAGCUGCCGUACAAAGACAUCCUCACACCCAGGUGGCGGGUGGUGUCCACCCAGUCUCUUAUAGAGAUCGAGGCAGAAAAGGAGGAGGACAAUGAGAAGGGGCAGGUUGAGGAUCUCAGUGAUGAAGUCUUUACUCAGAGACACGUGGCUUUGGAGCAGAGAGAAAAAUUGCGCUGGUCAUCCUGGGGAAAGAGAAAAUGCUGCAGGCGUCCUACACGAUCUGGCAGCAGGCUGUCAGGCAGUGGGGGCGGGAUGUGCACAUCAGGAGAGGAGAGCUCUGUGGAGUGGAGUGGUGCUCAGCCGGACACUGAUGAAUGGCCAAACUCAGAGGACUGGCUGCCUCAGACACCCUGGGAGCCACGAGUGUUUCCUUUGGAUGAGGGUGAGGAAGAAGCCCUGCUCUGUGACAGAUUGGAAAACGUACCCUCACGGUGGUCGGGGUCUGGUUUUGCCUCCUCCUCAUCAAAGAACUCAAACUCCCAUCUCUCCCCAGCUCAGUCCUCUGGUGCUAAACUGCCCUCUGGUGCAGAAAGUACGAGUAGUACGACCAAUGGCAGCUGAGCAGUGCCUUACUUUUUCAUGUAAGUUCGGAAAUAUUGUGAAUUCCCUGUUUAAUGUGUUACUCAUAUAUCCAGUAAGUCAUUUAUAGCAGAAUGAUUUAUUAAUUUGUGAAUGGAUUUUCACAACACACAUUUGUUCACUAGUUGAUUGACAUUAACAAAAGCAUAAUUCAUUCAUACAUUAAAAGUAAUUUAUAAUUUAGGAAGUUAAGUCAGUAGGAAAGAAUGGAAGGAAUUAAACAAAUGAUUUGUUCAUACAGUAAGUUAGUGGGUCUAAAUCAAACAAUGCCAACAAAUAGGAGUGUUUUUGACAAUUACUUAUAUGACUUUGAUAUGUUAUUUUUGUUAAUUAAAUUAUUAAUUGUAUUAUUUCUUCUCCAGAUCUCCUCAUGUCUUGGACCAUGAGGAGAAAAUAUGCCCUGGGAAACUUACUUGGGAUACUUAAUACAUUCCAUGAGUAUAGUGAUUUGAUGUUAUUAUCUUAAAACUUUGAAGCAAAAGUGUUUAUUUUGUGAGUAAUGUCAUGUGUCGUUUUAACUGACUACUGUAGCUCCUGCUACACUUUCAGGUUUUAACGUAUGAGAGGUACUGUAUGUAAAGAAAUAUAUACCAGCACAACUCCACUGUAGUCUCAGGUUUGUGUUGUAGUUUGUAGUUGUCACUUGCUAUUUAUUUUCACAGUUGUCUUAAAGAGUCUGUAUAGAAUGACUUUAGUACAUAAAUAUGUUAACUUUU